GAAUGAACAGCAGGUAGCUUACCUGUCAAGUGCUAAGGCAGUCGAUGAACAUUUGGAGCACAAGGAGAGUAUAAUGAAUUUGAUAAAACAAAAUGUGGCUGUAGGAGACAUUUUGGAAUGUGAAAAUUUGCAGUUCUCAACAGAGGAGCGCGUCAAAGAGAAUGAGAAUUCUGUCGGUGAGUUCAAGCGUAAUAAAGUGAACUGCGAUGAGGAGCGAGUGAAAGAGGAGGUUGGUUUAUUUCCAGUUUGACCAACGGCUACAUCUACGCCCUAAACUUCUGAUAAAUAGCUUUUGGUUUGCCUAUGCAAUGGCUUGAGGCCUUGAACCACCUACUACCAUCGUAAAUUCCCGUGGUUGCAAAUUCACAUAUAUAAAUAACAAAAAAAGAAAAGAAAAGAAAGAAAGAAUGAAUGAAUAAUUGUGGGAAUAUACUCUGGUCUUGGGAAGGCUCUUCCUUUGCCUUAUUGAAAAAAAAAAGCAGCUCUUUCUUGACCAGUAUAUAUUUAACGCACCAUGUUGUCAACGGCUCCAAUAUAAUGAACAAAAGAACAAAAACCAACCUCCCAAAGACCCAACUCUUUCUAACUUGCAAAAGUUUUGUCUUGGUGUUCAUAGAUUCUCCUUGAGAAACUCUCAUGAGUUUCAAUCAUCUAUUGCCACAAAUCCAACCAUUUCUGACAUGGGUUUCUUCUUAAAAUCCAUAACCCACUCUAUUUUCGUCAUAAUUUCUUCAUUUCUGCUGAUUCCUGCAAGAACCCAUCUUCAAUCCCAUGAAGAAAGCUAUAUCUCUCUGGUUAUUUCAAGCAAGGGUCUUGAAUUUGCUAAAGAUUUGCUUGUAGAGAAGGCAGUUUCCACCUUGAUUCCACUUCAAGUUCCGGAUAUUGAAAAGACCGUGAAUAUCCCUGUUGUGGGGAAAGUCAACAUGGGUCUUUCUAAUAUCACAAUUUCUGGUGUCAAUAUUGCUUCUUCACUUGUCGAGACUGGAGAGAAUGGUAUUGUACUUGUUGCUUCCGGUGCUACUGCAAAUUUGAGCAUGAAUUGGUGGUAUUCUUAUCGCAGAUGGUUUAUCACUAUCAGAGAUGAAGGAGAGGCUUCUGUCCAGGUUGAAAAUAUGCAAGUGGGGAUUACAGCAACAAUAAAGGAAGAAGAAGGAACUAUUAAGCUGUUUCUCUUGGAUUGUGGAUGCUCUGUCGAAGAUAUCUCAAUAGACCUAGACGGUGGAGCAUCUUGGCUUUAUCAAGGAUUGGUUGAUGCUUUUCAGGGGAAGAUAAGGUCUGCUGUUGAAGAUGCUAUUUCCAAAAACAUCAAAGAAGGGAUGAAGAAGCUCAGCUCCAAAUUGCAAUCACUACCUAAGCGAAUAUCAGUGGAUGACAUUAUGGACAUGAAUGUUACUUUUGUCGAUGACCCGACGUUGAGUCAUUCUUCCGUUGAGUUCGACAUUAAUGGGCUAUUCACAGCAGCUGAUGAAAUCUCGAUUUCUGAUUUCUACCGCAGAGGGUCACAAACUUCUGUAUCCUUUGAUGAUCCUACUAAGAUGAUUAAAAUCAGUUUACAUGAGAAUGUUUUUUAUACUGCUGCUCUGGUCUACUUUGAAAAAGGUUAUAUGCACUGGAACUUUGAUGAGAUUCCAGAGCAAUCACUUUUGAACACUGCUGGAUGGAGAUACAUUGUUCCUCAACUUUAUGAUCGGUAUCCGAAUGACGAUAUGAUGCUUAAUGUAUCUGUAGCUUCUCCACCGGUCAUAAAAGUCAUAAAUCAAGUCAUUGAUGCCACUGUUUCCUCAUACUUGACGAUCGAUGUUUUGGACGCCGGUGAAGUUAUACCCGUUGCAUGCAUCUCUAUGAUAAUUAGGGCUUCAUGUUCUCCAGAAGUUUCAGGAAACAAUCUAGUGGGUACUGUUAGUUUGAUAGACUUUACUUUGUCGUUAGAGUGGAGCAGAAUUGGGAACUUGCAUUUGAAUCUAGUUCAGCCUGUCAUCUCUGUUAUCCUCAAAACCGUCUUAUUUCCUUAUGUGAACGUACACCUCAGAAAAGGAUUUCCUUUGCCUCUUCUUCAUGGUUUUGAGGUUAGAGAAGCAGAAAUCUUUUACAUGGAUUCAAAUGUCAUAGUGUGCAGCGAUCUUGCUUCGACAAAAGGAUCGCUUCAGCUGGCAGCCAUAUAGAUAUGAACGGGGUCAGUACCGGAAACAUGGGCUGCGGCAUCCUCUUUUGAUAUGGCAACGUAGUUGACAGGAGCAACUGGCCUGUUAUCUCUCUUCCCAUCUUUGGUUGUGGACCUGCUUCCGUUUUGAUGAGUAUUCAGC